AUGGGGAACAAGCCGUCGGUACGGAAAAGGUCACUGCAUGCUGAUGACUCGAGUGCAACGCCAGUGGACGGUCUUACAUUUCGAGCAGUGAUGGAACACAAACAUGUUCGCCCAGAGCAGGCACCACGGUUACGCACACCCUUAGAUCAAAAAAUUACGAAUGCGAUUAAGGAACGCUGGCACGACAGAUCCCAGCGGGUUAAAGAAAAGGAAAGCCACCUUACGAGAAUAUUGCUGAAGCUGCCCCAGGCUGCGGCAGCGUUUAACAGUGUACGCUCAACGUUCCAAGCGUAUGAUAAAGAGAAUAGAGGCUACAUUGAGUUCAAUGACCUUUACAUAGUCUUUGAGCAGCUGGGUGCGAACUUUUCAGCCGAAGAGAUUAGCCAAGUUUUUAAGGAAUCGGAUAUGAUGAUGACCGGCAAGCUCAACUUCAACGAGUUUCUCUUGUGUCUCGCAAUCGGUUUUGUUCUUCAUAAAAUUCCCUCAUUGGAAGGCGAACAUGAUCAACUUAGUAUAUUCUACGCUCCCAUGUCUCGUGUAGGCAACAGGUCUGCAUCUAGUCAAUCCAUACUAUUUGGAAAGGGCAACAAGUUAAGACUUGCUUUUCAACUUGCCGUCGACGCAUUUUUGUGGUUUGAUGUCGAUGGAGAUGGCGUGAUCAAUCGCGCUGAGAUGUCAGCAAAGCUACAAAACUCAAUGGCUCUCCACUCUCCAACGAGAAAGAUGUCCGCUAACAGGCGCAACAAAGACGCGGGUAAUGACUCUAGCAAUCAAGCCAUCUGGGAGCAACGUUUUAUGGAAAUGGAUUGGAACGGUGAUGGAACGAUUCAUUUCAAGGAAUUUCUCAUGGCUUUCGAAUUUUGGGUAGGCCUUGAAGAAGAAAUGACAAGUUGA